CAUGUUCCGUGGAGAUGCAGAGGGAGAACCAGGACCAUCCCAACACACGGACCCAGGGACUGAGGUCAUGGCAGAGGUCAUGAAAGAUGUCAUCCCACCAGGAACAACAACAGAUGGCUCCCAGUCUGCCGCUGGCUCCCUGCUGCCUAUCGUCCAGAGUCAGCGAGAGCGGUACCGAAUCCGGGCUCAGGAACUGGAAGCCCAAACCCUGAGCCAGCAGCAGCAGGUCAGUCUGCUCCAGAAUGAGAUUGAAAUGCGAUCAGACAAUGUCAAGCUGUAUGAGAAGAUCCGGUUCCUGCAGAGUUACCCAACUAGUGUGAGUACCACUGUUUCAAUGUCAGAACCAACCCAUCCAUUUGCAUAA